GCGCGGAGCUUUCGAGGACGCGCACCGCCUGGGUCAGCGGGCGAACCGGACAGAGAGGGGCCGGAGCCGGAGGAGCCGCAGGAGCCGGAGCCGGAGAGGCCGCAGCCGGAGCCGGAGAGGCCGGGAGCCGCAGCCCCGCCCGGGGCCCCGCACGCACCGAGCGGCCCGCGCCCCUGCCCGCGCCCGCAGCCAUGAAGAUGAUCGCGCCCUGGACGCGCUUCUACUCCAACAGCUGCUGCCUGUGCUGCCAUGUGCGCACCGGCACCAUCCUGCUGGGCGCCUCGUACCUGGUCAUCAAUGCCGUGGUGCUGCUGAUUCUGCUGAGCUCCCUGGCCUACCCCAGCCAGCACUUCUCAAGUCCGGAGCUGGGCGACCUGGACUUCAUGGACGAUGCCAACAUGUGCAUUGCUGUCGCAAUCUCUCUCCUCAUGAUCCUGAUCUGCGCCAUGGCUACGUACGGAGCGUACAAGCGCCGGGCGGCCUGGAUCGUCCCCUUCUUCUGUUACCAGAUCUUCGACUUCGCCCUGAGCGCCCUGGUGGCCAUCACCGUGCUGGUCUACCCCAGCUCCAUCCAGGAGUACAUCCGGCAGCUGCCCCCUGAUUUUCCCUACAAAGAGGAUGCCCUGUCCGUGAACUCCACCUGUUUGGUCCUCAUUGUCCUUCUGUUUAUCGGCAUCGUCUUGGCUUUCAAGGGUUACCUGAUCAGCUGCGUGUGGAACUGCUACCGCUACAUCAACGGCAGGAACAACUCCGACGUGCUGGUGUACGUGACCAGCAACGACAGCACGGUGCUGCUGCCCCCGUACGACGAUGCCACGGUGACGGGCAUCGCCAAGGAGCCGCCGCCCCCCUACGUGUCCGCCUGAGGCCGCCGAGCGGAGCGAGCUGGGCUGUGCAGGCAGCCCGCCCGCCCGGCGUCCGCUCUCCUUUCUCUCCUGAGAUGCUCUAAGAGCCCUUUGUUCCUGAAACGUCUCGGCUUACAUUUUUAGCGUUCGGUAGAAACCCUCUAGCUGUACACCUAGGCUCUCGCUCCGGCGCUGUGAUGGGCGAACUUCCCUGGGCGCUGAAACGCCGCCCUGCGGUCUGGGUGGCCCCUGGGGCAGAGAGGUCUGGUUUUGUACCCUGAGCCCCCACGUUGGGGGAUUCCUCACAUUUUUUUUUUUUUUCCUUUCUGUUCCCUCUGUCUCUUUCAAAAAUAACCGAAUAAAAUAAAAAUGAAACAAUA